UUACGGAGGCUCUUUACCGGAACGGAUUGCUAAAUUACGUUUACAGUCUGUGGUCUCUCUUCUCAGAUUUAUUCUGUGGUUUAUCAUCGGAAGCGUUGGAGUGGAGAUUUCACGUGGAAUUAGUGAACAAUUCGGUUGUGAGAGUUUUAUAUACAGGAAAAAUAAUUAUAACAUAGAGAAAAUGUGGCAUGCGUUACUGCCGACUCUUUUACCAUUAUUGGUAACUGCAAAACUGGAUUGUUCCAGAACAGAAUACAAUAGAUGCAUAAGGAUUGCAGAUCCUUUGGUGAAGGAAGUACAUCUAGUUUUUCCCGAUAAUCUCAAUGACAUCGAUCAAGUUUGUAAUACUUGGAAUCGAUUUGUGGAUUGUUUGAAAACGUAUACGGAUGAGUGCUUCACCGAACAACAAAGAAAACAAUUUAACAGAGCAGUGGAAAGUCCCAUUGAGAGCGUACAUGAGAUGUGUACUCAACCCAGUUAUCAAAAAGAAUAUCUUCGAUAUGCUCCAUGUAUCAAGGGAACUAUUGUACAAAGAUUACAUUGCGGACCGCAAUAUAACUUAUUGGUGGAUCAAGUGGAACAAGGCGAUAUCAUUUCGAAAUCUACAUUAUGUUGUUCACACGACAGAUUUAAGCAGUGCGUUUACAGAGAAACUAGAAGACUCUGUGAUAGGGGUAUGGCUGAUGGUCCAGCUACUCGAUUUGCCACUCAGAUAAUAGAUAAAGCUCUACGAUUUCUACAAGAGCAAUGUGUCAACUAUAUUCCUAAUUCCGGAGACUGCACAAUCCACCUUACAGACCCUUACGCAGAUCGAACUGAUUCUAUGGUGAUAUCAACUUCAUCUAGUGAGACUCAACCUUGGAGCACGUUUCAAGAUUUAAGACCAAAAGAAGAUUUUUCAAGUAGUAUCGGCCCAACGAAAGUUCCAUUUAGUCCUUCUAGAGCACCAUUUUCAUCACCAAAAUUUCCUUCUACCUUUCCUUGGAGCUUCUCAAGCUCCCCUACCAGUCCAAGUUAUUCAACAUAUAGUACUAAUGAUUUCUUAGGGUCUAGAACUCGUCCAGGAAUAUAUGGAAGAGCUAGUUGGAGUGAAGGAAGUUCAGCGUUACCAGCUAAUACCGUCCAAAUGUUUCCCGAUGUUUCUUCAACGAAAUCAACUAGGCCGGAAUGGGGUAGCUCUUUAGCAUGGAGUACCAGACAAGGAAGUACCAGUCCAAGUUCAAUUUCAACUACGAGGAGAAAUUUUUCUCCAUCUUGGAGCACACAGGAAGUGACUUCGGAAACGUGGUAUCCCGCAGCUGGUAAUCAAAUAAGUAAUGAAGUAGAUGAACCAAAUCAACUCGGGUUGCAAAAACCUAAAAAUUCUGUUAAUAAAUUAUAUCCGUUAGCUUUAGUUUUACUCAUUUUCAUAAGUAGUUCAAUACAUUUAGUUUAGUUAAUUAAUAAGCUGUUGACGUAAUAAAUAUGUCUCAAUAUGUCGUUAAACACACUUUAUCGAACUGACACAAUAACAAAUAAUGAUUAUUCCUUUGAGAAAACAUAAUAUAAUUAGGUUAUAAAAGACUAAAGUGCCUUCGAAACGAUCAAUUAAAUUAUAAUCGAGAUUAAUGAGGCUCCAAUGAACACCUCAAUGUUUUAUCAAUCACCAGCUGCUCUCGAGCCUAUUGUUUGUGAAGAGUAUGGUUUCUUAAGGCCGCUUGACAUGGUGCAAGACAACGUGCAAGAAAUUGCAUUCAAUUUCAUGCAGGGUCAAAAUAUUGCAUAUCGCUUAGCAUUAUGCAAGUCUGUAGCCAUUGCAUUAUGGAUACCACUAACUAAAUUCUAUUAGUAAAAUUAAACAAUUUCCUAACCUAAGUUUUUGUUCAAUAUUCCGUAGCCGGCUAAAAAUGAGAAUAACAAAACGAGUGGCGAAGUGAAAAAGUGGUCAGUGGAGAACUGUCAAAUCUGCUGCUGUCUUGAUUUUUGAGCCUGAUAGACAGGUUGGUUGUUAAGCUAAAAGUAACUAGAUUUCUCCCUAGAGCUUGCACGCAAUAAAAAUGGCACAAAAGCGAUAAUGUGUGCGAGAUAUUACAUAUGACAAUCAGCUGAACUUCAUCUGCGAAUGCUUUCUAUCAAGAAAUAUUGCGUCUUGCAUUGCAUUGUACGGUGUAUGGCAGCAUGUUAAGCGGCCUUUAGCUGAACUAUAUCAUCGCUUGCUUUAGAUCAAGAAAUAUUGCGACUUGCCUUGGGGGCUUUUUGGCAUCAACUUUUGCGCUAUACGGAUGAGACGAAAGAGAAGUACAAGGUGUUUUUUGUAAAACAAUUUUUAUUCAUAAAAUCUUUAGAUUUUACUUUCCACGGCUGUGGAUGAUCGCAAAUGGAUAUGCGCAUCCAUUUUGAUCUUUACAUAAGGUACAGCGUCAUGAAUUUUUGACAAAGGUGUAUCAAAAUGAACAGGUUUUCUCAAAAAUUAUGUUGAAAUAGGUAUUUCCUCCCAAAAGGGGUUGUUUUCAUAAAGUAGUGCUAAAAUAAAUAAUACCAAUAUUUAAUGUUUAUAAUUUUAGGUUGAAACGGUGAUUAUGCGACAUUUUUCUUACAGUUCUUGAAAUGACGACACUUGUCAGAAGCGUGGUAGGAGCUAUUACACACUAAAAAAGUUUUCUUGAUGUACGGACCAAAUAAAUGUGUUAUAGUGUUAUAACGAGUUUCGAAAUAUCACAGUUUUUAUGCAAGUUCAGAAGUAACGUCCAAAGUCUGCAGUAUACCGUUUUUUCAAAUUUACCGCCGAAACUAAGAUAAAUAUGACAGCUUACAGCAUUAGUACGUUCAUGCCAUAUAUGUACUACUCCUAUAUGGGCAGUUCUUAAGGGAAAAAACGUCUCUACGCUACGGUGUCGACAGUAUUCAUUUUCUCUUUCGUUCGAGACACUUUAUCCAUACUGCGCAUGCUUCAUGCGCGCAAAAGACGCGCAGAACUUAUUGAAGCCCACGGAGGAAAGAGAGAACGAUACACUAUUUGUUUCACUUAGUCGGAACACCUUUCACUUAUAGAAACUGUCGAAAUAGGAGUAUUACAUAUAUGGUCCAUGCAUAUUGACGUUUAUUCCCCCCUACAUAUUUGUGUUAUAAAAAAACGCUAUUGAAAGCAUCACGCGUUCUUUAUCCGCCAUGUUUUCGAAGUACGUGAGGCUCAACGGGGUACCUAUUAUCAUGGCCGACCGAUUGUCAAUCUCUAGAUUUGACGAUCAAUUGCUGCCGUCAAUCGGACCCCUGAAUGUGCUUCAAUCAAAUAUUCUUCAAUCGCAGUCAAGUCAUCAAUCGUUUCCAAUCAAUACAUCAAUGAGACUGAUUGUCAAUUUAAUUGAGCGUCUAGAGGGCACUUGAAAGUCGUUUUUUUGUCAGCCAAUAUCAAAAUUCAAAUACGUCCUUAUAAUAUAAUAAAAUCUAAUAUAUAAGAAACAAUCUACAAUAGAAUUCAAUGGUGAUGAACAAAAUGUAUUUUCGAUGAUAUCAUUUUGAUAUUAUGAAAAAAAAACUAGUCGAUACUGUGUCUGCUUGUACCUGUAAAAAGUGAAUUGCUUAGCAAAUACCUUAUAUGUAGUGAGAAACAAAAUAUUGAUGGCUUAAGCCAUUGAUUGAAAAUUAUCUUCUAGUAUAAAUCUAGUUGAAAUGAAUGGGUUGGAAUUUUAUUAAUUUUCUGAGUAUACUGGUUAAAUGAAAACAUAUCAAUUUUUGAGUGUACAGAGGCACAAAACAGGUUUGAUUGUCAGAUCAAAACAUAUAUUUUCGUAAAGUAAAAAAUACAAACAUAAGCUACAUUUAGAUAUAUUAUUAUUUUAUAUAUAAUGGUGAAUAUUUGGCUUCUAGAAAGUCUCCAACAAUAGCCUACUAGCAUUCCUCGACUUCAGUUCUCUUCAUGGCGCUUCUCCAUUAAAGAAAUGUCCUGAUGGAACCUCUCGCCUUGUUCGUCACUUACAUAAUCCUAACUAGAGUCAAGAAUUUAUAUUUUUAGACAUAUAACACCCCAAAACUUUAUAUGACACUAUAAGUUUACAGCACCAGCGUUCACAAAAUAUUUCCCGGCGAGGUUUUCUGAUCAUUCAAUUUCUCUCCAAAGCUGUUAUCCUUUAUUAGUUGUUGUCUUUAAGGAUCACAACUAUUCCCUAUCUAAUUUUUAUACAUUUUUUUUCCCAUCAAAGAGGUGUCCAAGUAUGAUUCAAUAAUUGGUUUGACUACAUUCUGAAUAUAAAUGUUACCACGCCUUAAUAGUUUUUCGUUGUUACCGCAAACUGAAAAUUAGAAUAUAUCUUGUUUCUCACUAAAAGAUAAUAUUAUUUUUCUAUCUUAAAUAAACCUCAAAUUUAUUGUUAACAAAUAACCGCACUAGUCAAAAAUUGAAUAGUCAUAAUGUAUUUUAGAAAUUAAAUUUUAUAAAUGUAAAAUAACAUUAUUCAAUAAAAAUUUAAUCGUUAA